AAAAAUGAAUUCAACAAACUGACGUUCUCACGCACUUCCGCUGAAGAUCUCGCGAGAUCCAGUUUCCUUGGCAACAGUACACCGCGUUUUCAUGGAGAGGUCGGAGCGACGAAAGAUUCAACUCACAACCAGCCAGCCAUACGACGAGAGUUUUGAGGUGAACGCAGAGGAGGCAGCCAGUGUGCACACACCAUCCCCAAGACAGAUAGUUUCUAGGAGGACAGGCAGGCAGAACCAGAGCGCCAUGGCCACUUAUGCUGGCGAUAAACUAGAAGAGGAUACUAAACAGAAAAAGAAAGAGCCGCCACCUGGUGCCCGUGCUACUAAUCAGAAUGAUGAAGAAGAUGAGGAGGAGGAGGAGGAGGAUGAUGAUGAUGACGAUGAUUCUGAUGACACAGAGUCUGAUGAGGAGGAAGGGGAGCCCGGAUCUGCUCCAGAAGGUGCAUAUGACCCAGCUGAUUAUGAACAUCUUCCUGUGUCAACCGAAAUCAAAGAGCUGUUUCAGUACAUCACACGAUAUACUCCACAGAUGAUAGAGCUUGACCACAAACUAAAGCCCUUUAUCCCUGAUUUUAUUCCAGCUGUGGGGGACAUUGAUGCUUUCCUCAAAGUACCACGACCAGAUGGGAAAGCUGACAAUCUGGGUCUCCUGGUUCUGGAUGAGCCGUGCACUAAACAGUCAGACCCAACAGUGCUUUCCCUGUGGCUGUCAGAUAACAGCAAACAACACAAUGUUGCUGAAGUGAAAGUAAAGAGCAUUGAAAAUCCAGAGAAGAACCCCAAAGCCAUAGACAACUGGAUUGAGAGCAUUAGUGAGCUGCAUCGGUCCAAACCUCCAGCUACUGUACACUACACAAGACCCAUGCCAGAUAUUGACAGCCUGAUGCAAGAGUGGCCGCCUGAGUUUGAGGAGCUUUUGGGGAAGGUCAAUCUCCCCACCGCAGAUAUUGACUGUGAUUUGGCAGAGUAUGUCGACAUUAUGUGUGGAAUCCUGGACAUCCCGGUGUACAAGAACCGGAUUCACUCACUUCACGUCCUGUUCACACUCUACUCUGAAUUCAAAAACUCACAGCACUUUAAAUCUGUAGCAGAGGGCCAGACAUCCGACACACCGCCUGCUUCACGUACAGUCACUGCUGAAUUAGAAAGACUCACUUUGGAUUGAAGUCUCUUUCAUGGCCUAUUUUCUUAAUGUUUUGUUAAAUGUUAAUGUUUUCUCCUGUUUUGUUCUUAGCUGUUGUAUCACCAGUUGAAGUUGUGAAGCUACAUUGUGUUAAGCAUCUUGUGUGAAUUCUUCAUAUGUUUAUGUUUAGCAGGCUUGUUUUAAUAAUAUAAAAAAAAAACUUAUUUCCUCUAAAUGUAGACUUGAAGUGUAUCUUCAAAACUCAUCACAGCUACUCCAUCAGUCCACUGCCUAAUUAUUUUACAGUUUGCAAUGAGCUGGUCUUUUCUUAUUGAAGGGUAAAACCAGAGGAUGAUGGGUUUCCUUGUUUUACUCCACCAUAUUUAGUAUCACAAGAUCCAGACUCUUCACAGAUUUUCUUUAAGGAGAUAUACUGUUGAACAAAAGUAUCUACUGUAUAAAUAUCCCAGAAAAAUAAUACUAAAUUAAACUGAAUCAAUAGUAAACACUGAAAGGCUUCAGAAACACCGAAAGGCAUUUAGUGAAGCAGGAUGACAUUAAAGCCAUAAUCAGAUUUCAAUUAUAAAAUGCUUAAAUACACUGAACCAGAGCAAGUUGUCUUUUAUGAUUCAGUUAUUAGUCUAUACUGUGUAAAACAAUGUAUGAGAGAUUACAUAAUUUGAAUAAAAGCAGCCCUGCCUUCUUCCUUGUUCUAA